AUGGCCAAGCUUUGUUCACAGUCAGCUUACGCAACCCAGAUGAAUAAUGUCAUGCCGACAUCACCUCUACUUCCACAACUGGCUCACCCACACUCUUUCCCAAGCAUGGGACAGAUUACAAAUCCAUAUGAACAGCAGCCCCCAGGAAAGGAGCUGAAUAAGUAUGCAUCCCUAAAAGCAGUAGCAGACAAAGGUAGCGACGAUUUCUACUCCAAACGGCGUCAUCUGGCCGAGCUGGCUGCGAAAGGGAGCUUACCUCUGCACCCGGUGCACGUGGAAGAGGACCGGCCCUACAUUUUGGAAGGGGGCACCAUGAAACAAAACGGACAGAAGUCCAAAGCCGCCAGGCCACAUAUGCACCCCUUGGCUUACAAGACCUGGGAUCCUAGCGACCAGUCCCUUCGGAGGCAAGCUUACGCCACCAAAGGGAGGAAUCUCAUGGGCGAUCCCGCCGCCAGAGACCCACUGACCACACGGAGUCAGCACUAUUUACCCACACAGCCAUAUUUCAUCACUAACAGCAAGACAGAAGUGACUGUUUGA